UUCUUUCUCUCUCCCUCUCUGAGUGACAGCGAGGAUUUCGCUUCGCCUGGAGCGACGUCACACCAAGGUGGAAGAAGAAGAGCGCAUUUUUCCUCCCUUUAUCAUCCAAAGAAAACACAUCGACAAGACUGUGGCACACACAGACGCCUGUACAUGCGGCCGGUGCGCACACAAAACCACUUCUCCAAGUUCAUCUGUGCGUCAGGGCACAGCGCGCAGACAACGAAGAACAUCCAGCAGCACCAACAAACGCACUUUUUUUUAAAGACAGCAGUGUUAUUCUUUAACAAAUAUAUAAUUUCUUUGUUUUUAAUAUCCCCAGAGUGGCGAAACUACCGACUGUCCUCAUAACCACCGUGCGCUUUUCCGCAGUCAGCGAGGACUUCCCGCUUUGAGACACUUCUCCUUCUUCAUCUGACCUUUUUGAAAACAUGUUAUUGUGCAGCGACAGAUAGUGCAGAACGAUAAUGAAGAGGUUAACCACACCUUUGAAAGCGGACAUCUCUUCAGUAGCCUCUUGACCAACUUCGUUGCGCAUUAAGAUGCGCCCCACCGAAGAGGAGUUGGAUGAGGAACUUUUUGCGCUCUUGGUGACAGACAGUUUCCAGUGAGCUUUAUUGACACCGACAGAAAUCAAGGACCUCCUAUGUAUUUAAGAAAUAAUCCAACUCGGUGUUGGCUGAGCUCGUCAGUACUCUAAACUUUGCAGGGGGAUCUCCUCGAGGAUUUGCUGCGUUCACCAUGAGGGUUCGUCUAUCACGGAUCCAACUGGCCCUGUUCUUUAUCUUGCUCUGUCCGGUCAAUAUCAUUGGACUCUGGUGGGCGGUCGGCAGUCCGCUGGUGAUGGACCCCAACAGCAUUUGCAGGAAGGCAAAGCGUCUGGCAGGGAAGCAGGCUGAGCUGUGUCAAACUCAGCCAGAGAUUGUCAGUGAGGUGGCCAAAGGAGCAAGGCUGGGCGUCAGGGAGUGCCAGUACCAGUUCAGAUACCGCCGCUGGAACUGCACUAGCCACAACAAGUACUUUGGCAAAAUAUUGCAGCAAGAUAUCCGGGAGACAGCAUUUGUUUAUGCCAUCACAGCGGCCGGUGUGACCCAUGCCGUGACCCAGGCCUGCAGUAUGGGCGACCUACUGCAAUGUGGCUGUGAAGCGACCAGGAACAGAGCACCUCCAAAGCCAUCCUCAUCUUCUCCCCCUGGGGACGGAGUCAAGUGGGAGUGGGGGGGCUGUGGGGACGAUGUGGAGUUUGGUUAUGAGAAGUCCAAACAGUUCAUGGACGCUAAGAGGAGAAAGGGCAAGAGUGAUAUUAGGACACUCAUUGACCUGCACAACAACGAAGCUGGGCGACUGGCUGUGAAGCUCUACAUGCGGACAGAGUGCAAGUGCCACGGCCUGUCGGGAUCAUGCACCUUGCGCACAUGCUGGAAAAAGAUGCCUCAUUUCCGUGAGGUGGGCGACCGCCUAUUGGAGCGUUUCAACGGAGCUUCAAAGGUGAUGGGAGGCAACGACGGAAAGACCCUGAUCCCUGUCGGCCAGAACAUAAAGCCACCAGAUAAGCAGGAUCUGAUCUACUCUGACGAGUCUCCCGAUUUCUGCCUUGCAAAUCGGAAAACUGGUUCACUGGGGACACGAGGGCGCAUGUGCAACAGCACAGCCAUGGACAUCAGCGGCUGCGACCUGCUGUGCUGCGAGCGUGGCUACCGGGAGGAAUCAGUGGUGAUUGAGGAGAACUGUCUAUGUCGUUUCCACUGGUGUUGUGUGGUCCAGUGCAAGAAAUGCUUGGUCCAAAAAGAGCUUAGUCUCUGUCACUGAUGAACUCAUGAACAGAGGUGGACAGCAGUCAAUAUGACUUGGUUGAUUAUAAUUACUUCUAUUACAUUUGGAGGUUUUUGCAUUAGUUUGGUUUCUGUUAAAGAAUGAUAGGGUUUGGAUUUUUAUGGCACAUAAAAGUCACUUUUUCAUAAUGCUCCACAAUAUGUAUAUUUCCCAGUACUGGCUAUUUGGUUCCCAGGAAUUUCAAGAAACAUAAACAGUGCUGGCAAAAGGUUUAAAAGAUACAGAAAGUAAAUGCAGCCACAUGGAAACAAUAGGAAGUGAUACUCAAAAGAAGUAGUAGAAAUUCAACAGAGAAAUGGUUCUUCUUGCUCCUUACUGAUAUUGUUCUUUGCAAACUACCUAUUUUUUUCUUUUAUAUGAAAAAGGACCAAAGAAUGUGUAUUUUACAUAUCAAUGGAAGAGGAGGACUUUUGCAAGGAGGUUUUUUUUUAGUAUCACUUCCACUAAUAGUUCAACAGCAGACCUUAAUAUUGACUGCUAUCUAAAGCAAAAAAUAUCAGAGGUUUGCAAAACUUAGACCUUCGUUAAAUCUUCCUCUAAACCCUUGUCAAGCUUCCCUUUUCACAUGGUACAUACUGUUCACAGUUUAAAAGAAGAGUAAACAUACAAAAACAUGUUUGUCUUUACUUUUUUCUUUCUACUACUUGCUUGCUACUUGCUACUGCAUCAAAAACAUAUAACAAAAAGGGAAAGGGCAUCAUAGUAUCAUAUUUGAAGAAUUCUGUCAAUACCAUGUUUUGAAGGUGUGGAUCUGGCCUGGCGGCAAAGACUGUUAUUUAUAUAAAGAUAUGAUGACAAGACUACUCACUUCCAUCUCUCUCAGAAGCACUUUGGACUUAAUGGACUCCUUCGAUAACCUAAAUCCUUUUGUGGUUGCCCAUUUCUAUUAAACCAAAAGAAAAAGCUUUAUUCACACGAGAUUGUUCAGUAUGGAGAAAAUGUAUAUAAUGUAUUUUGUUGAUCUGUUAUGAUAUACAGGGCUAUUGUAAUAAUGCACUUUGGAUGUUAGCUUUCGUUUGAUAUUGUAUUUGCAUAUGUGUGUGAGUGUGUGAGAGAGGAAGUGUUUAAUUAUGUGUUUGUGCAGUUUGGCCAGUUAUCACCGUAUCCUACAGUUGACAGUACCUGUUAUAUAUCUUUAAGUGGCUGUCUGAUGUUAAACUGCAUCAUGUUGGUUAUUAAAAGCACACUGCUCUUUGACUCUCAGUCUCUGUGUGAGGCAGACAAAACCUUUUAUUUGUUCCUUUUCAGAGGAGGUAUGUUCCACAUAAACCUGUCAUCUCAUUUACACAUGGAUUUUAUUACCAGACAAUGUACAGUAAGUAUACUGAGCUAUAAUAAUACAUUGUCUCCAGUUGUUCCCUUAAGGAAAAUCACCUUGUUUUGAUAUUAAUGUAUGUGUUUCAGGAAGCUAUCAUAAUUCAAAUCUGACUGUUACUGUUUCUUUUAUUCUCUGCUGUAUGACUUUUUCAAGAGCCAAACAAAAUACCAAUGAGUGACAAGUGUAAGGAUGGCAGUAUGAUUUAGAUACCUGCAGAACCAAUCAAAAGGACAAGACACAGCUGGGGGGGGGAAUAGAAAGGCACCAGGUGAACUGAAUAAGGUAAUCAAACAGGCAGGAACUGACAUAACACGGGAUGAUCACUUUUCAAAAUAAAACAGAUCGACACAGUGAAAGCAUUUUAAGAAGUAUUCACUCGUCCAUUUCAAGCUUAAAUCCAUUUGCACACAUGAAUGAGGCCCCUAUGUCAUGUCAACGCAUUGACUCAUGACAUUAAUUGUUUGAACAUUGAAUCCGUGCAUAUUAUUAAAUUAUUAGGAUGAUUACUAUUGCAACAACAGCUGUUUGUAUUUUUUGCGGAAAAUACACACAUGUAUUUAAUAUUAGAUUGAGAUCAUAAAAUAAAAACUCUCACACAGUGUUAAUGGCAUGGACGUAAUAUACAUAUGUACAUGGUAAUCUUGAAGAUUUUCUGCUAGUGAUUGUUACUGUAACUUUGUUUUUUGGAAAUAUGAGGCAGCAUGAUGGUGGUAAAUAUUAGCAAUAAUGGAGCUACAGUAAUCAUAAUAUGGCAUGUCUGGCUGAUGUUACACUUACAAUUUUAACUUUUAUAACUUUAUUAGAACACAAGAAUGACUCAAGAGAAAAAAAUCACGUUAAUAGUGCCGUAAGUGUACUGUGCACUUCUUCAUCUGACCGGUCAAGUGAUGUAAUUCUAGGACCAUUAAAAUAUCUGCAUGUCUUAAGUUUAGCACAUUCAAAGUACUUAUAGACGAUAUUCUAACCAGGCUUGGAAUAAACUAUAGCAUGUAUAGCAAUUGAUGAAAAGCAACGUGCAACAAGCACUGUCACCAUGAUGUAAAUAAUGUAAUAAAACUUUUCCGUGUCAACUACAGAAUUCAACCCAUCUUGGCUUUUGUUUGUGUCACAGAACUUCCCCCUUUAUUUUUCAUCUAUUUAAAGAUUAUUUUUGUCCAUGUUUGGUUUACAUUUUGUUAUGCUCUUCAUGUUGUUAUUGUUCAGAAAUAUUUUCAAUCUGGAUGUUGUGUUGUAUGUUUUCGUCUAGAAUAAAUCUACCGUGUGACUCACAUUCAAUACUCUAUUCAAAUAAAAAGUAAAACAUU